UCGUUUCCUGCAGGGCGAGGAGACGGACAAGGCGGAGAUUGCGAAGCUGCGCGCGGCAGUGGCGGCGGGGGAGAGCUGGUGCGGGCGGCUGCUCAACUACAAGAAGGACGGCUCGCCCUUCUGGAACCUUCUCACCGUGUCGCCCGUUAAGGACGACAACGGGACGGUCGUUAAGUUUAUCGGCAUGCAAGUGGAGGUGACAAAAUACACGGAGGGCGCAAAGGACAAGGAGACCCGCCCCAACGCGCUGCCCGUCUCGCUCAUUAAAUAUGACGGAACCGGAAAGUACAGUUUUGAGGCGCCUCAAAAGAGGGAAGAACCGGAGAGAACAGUGUCUAAGCUGGUGGUGGAGGUGGGUAACAGGUCUAUUCCCCUUCUUGGGCUCCUUACCUCCCCCUUUCUCUUCACCCGCCCCGCUAUUCCUCCCCCCAACACAGCGCGCCAGAGGGAGGAAGCGGAGAGCACAGUGUCUGAGCUGGUGGCGGAGGUGGGGAACAAGUCGCUGCAGGCGGAAGGGGGGGAGGCGGAGGGCGGAACGCAGCCCCCCAAGGCGGAGGGGGAGGGGUCGGGGGGAGCUGCGGUGGGGGCGGACGGGAAGGGCAGUGAGAGGCGCAAGUCUGGGCUCAUGUCCUUGCUGUCCAAGAAGGAGCGGUCGGAGCCGGCAAUGGAGGCGGUGGAGGAGGAGGACGAGGGCGAGCACAAGGCGAGGAGGGGGCUUGACUUGGCGACUACCUUGGAGCGAAUCCAGAAGAACUUUGUCAUCACGGACCCGCGCCUGCCUGAGAACCCCAUUAUCUUUGCGUCAGACGAUUUCCUUGAGCUCACAGAGUAUUCCAGAGAGGAGAUUCUGGGGCGCAACUGCAGGUUCCUGCAAGGCCCCGACACGGAUCCCAAGACGGUGCAGAGGAUUCGAGAUGCGAUCAAGAAGGAGGAGGAUAUCACGGUGCAGCUGCUCAACUAUACCAAGUCAGGCAAGCAGUUCUGGAAUCUCUUUCAUCUGCAGGCCGUGCGCGAUAACAAGGGCAUGCUGCAGUACUUCAUCGGAGUGCAGCUGGACGCCUCCCAGUAUGUGGAUCCUUCAAUCCACGGGCUACAGGAGAAGCUGGCAACCGAGGGAGAGAAGAUUGUGCUGGAAGCAGCUAACAAUGUGGAGGGCGCAGUCAGAGAGCUCGCCGACCCUGGUGCUGCCGCUGGGGACCUGUGGGCCGUGCACACAGCACCAGUGGCAAUGAAGCCGCACAAAACUGGUGACCCGGCGUGGCAGGCCAUUCAGGAGGUGAUCAAGAAGGACGGCAAACUAAGCCUGAAGCACUUCCGACCAAUCAAGCCCCUGGGCGCUGGCGACACGGGCAGUGUGCAUCUCGUCGAGCUGAGGGACACAAAUCGUCUCUUUGCAAUGAAGGCGAUGGACAAGGAGGUGAUGGUGAAUCGCAACAAGGUGCACCGCGCUUGCACUGAGAGGGACAUUCUGGGAAGGAUCGACUUCCCCUUCCUGCCCACGCUCUACGCCUCCUUCCAGACCGCCACGCACGUGUGUCUGAUCACGGAGUUCUGCGCCGGUGGUGAGCUGUACGGCAUUCUGGAGAAGCAGAAGGGCAAGCGCCUGCCCGAGGCUGCUGCACGCUUCUUUGUGGCGGAGGUGCUGCUGGCGCUUGAGUACCUGCACUGCCAUGGAGUUGUCUACCGUGACUUGAAGCCGGAGAACGUGUUGGUGCAGGAGUCAGGCCAUGCCAUGCUCACUGAUUUCGAUCUCUCCUUCAGCACCGAGUGCAAACCCAAGCUGGAGUUCCCACCCGUCCCGCCUGACUUUGAGAAGCGCAAGAAGAAGGCGGCCCAAGUGGGAUGCGGAGGCGCCACCAAGGGUCCGUCCCCUUCAGAGCUGGAGCUGGAGCUGCUGCCCAUACUUGUGGCCGAGCCAGAGGCAACGAGCAACAGCUUUGUGGGCACGGAGGAGUACAUUGCUCCGGAGAUCAUCAGCGGUACCGGGCACAGCAGCCCGGUUGACUGGUGGACGUUCGGAAUCUUCCUGUAUGAGCUGCUGUACGGUCGCAGCCCCUUCCGCGGGCGCAACCGCCAGCGCACCUUCACCAACGUGCUCACCAAGGACCUCGCCUUCCCGGCUAACCCUCCGGUGUCGGACGAGGCCAAGGACCUGAUGCGCAAGCUGCUGCAGAGGGACCCGGCGGACCGCCUGGGGGCGAAGCACGGUGCCAUUGAGAUCCGAGCCCACCCCUUCUUCAAAUCCAUUGAGUGGCCGCUCAUUCGCAACAUGAAGCCGCCGCAGCUGGAUGUGCCAGUGAAGGCGAUUUCGGCAGAGGCAGAGGAGGGAAGGCCGUCGACAGCAGAGGAGGAAAUGGACUGGGAUGAGAAUGAGGCCAGGCCGUCCACUUCACUUGACUACGGCUACUGA